AUGGCUUCCUAUCGCCAUGUGGUUUGCGCUAUCUUGCUGGCGGCUGGGCAGUCCUGGCAGGCUUGGGCGUGUUCAUGUGUGCAGGAUCUGAUCAUGCCCAGCGAGCCCUUUGCCUCUCCUGCUGAGAGUCUGUUGAGGGCGCCGAUCGUGUUUGCAGGAAAGGUGGUGUCCGUCCAGCCCGCGGAUGGGAAGCCCAAGGAUCAAUCCGGGUACUGUGCCACAUCUCCUGCUGACAGUGACUUUGGGGGCUGGGAAAAUCCAUGCGAGAGUGGUUCCGGCGACUUCGAGAGAUGGAACAAGUGCAGCCGCCGGCACGUUGCCGAGGUGCAUAUCACGCAUGGGCUGAAGGGCAUCAGGAAGGGUGAGACCUUCAAGUACAACUGCACGCUUGCAAGCUGCGGCGACUGCAGCUUAGGCUGUCCCGAGGUGGGACUGGAGAUCUUGGACGGUACGUCCAACUUCGUGCCCAUGAGGUCCAUGUGCAGCUCCAAGCGAUGUGGGCUGACGGACUGGAACAGGGACCAGUGCCAGCGUUUGUUCGAGGAGGUCCGCCGACAACGACCUGGCAGGAGCCAGCAGAUUCAAGUCCCUCUCCCAGUCGCCUUCUCCACGCUUACUGCGAAUUCAUACUUCCGCAGCGAGCUCCUGCACUCCCUGGUUAAGGAUGCCGUGGAUUCCGUCAGCAUGCUUGAGACGCCCCCGACGAGGUUUGAUGUGCAGUCUGCAAACCUCACGGAGGAUCCGCAACGCACAGUGCUGGUGAUGCCUGCAACAGUGGUUCCCUCAUCAGUCUUUGAGAUCACUUUCUACAUGCCCCAGCAGGUUGAUGCAGACGCCGCUGAGUCAAAGCUUCGAGAAGUGCUCGGCGUGCCCUUCAGGUGGCAA